CCUUCCCGCUCACACCCGAGUCACUUCCGAAGAGAGAACCGCCAUGAAGAGAGUAGGGGGUGCCGCCCACCUCUGCAGCAACAGCUUCCCCGAGUCCCAGCAGCAAGACGGCAACCACGCACCCAACGUCUCCAGCUACAGCUCAUGCCGCCGUCGCCAGCGGCGCCGACAUGACAAGGCGCUGCAUGCCCGCUAGGCCAGGUUUCCCCUCAUCCCCAGCCCCGGGGUCGUCGCCCCCGCGCUGCCAUCUGAGACCCGGUAGUACCACCCCUGCUGCAGCGGGAAAGAGAACAGAGAGUCCUGGGGACAGGAAGCAGUCAAUUACAGAUUUCUUCAAGCCAGCUUCAAAACAAGACAAACAUAUGUUGGAUUCUCCACAAAAAUCAAACAUCAAAUAUGGAGGAAAUGGAUUAUCCAUUAGUGGGACAGAGCAAUUUGAAAGAAAAUUAUCCUCACCCAAAAAAUCUAAACCCAAAAGAAUGCCAUCAGAAGAAAGUCCCAUCUUAGAAGCUUUCAUGAAAGGUGUUAAAGAGCACCACAAAGAUCAUGGUGCCCAUGAAUCACGUCGGCCUUGUGUGUCACUAGCCUCCAAAUAUUUACCCAAAGGAACAAAUAUCUAUGUUCCUUCCUCAUACCGCUUGUCGAAAGAGACAAAGGUACGGAAGAAAAAACACCGGUCUCCAGAGAGAAGGAAGUCGCUGUUCAUUCAUGAAAGUAACAGGGAGAAGCAUGACAGAGAUCGAGGCAAAACCAGUGCAGACUCCAAGAAGCAGGCCCCGGUGACAGAAGGUGACAUCUUUAAGAACAGCUCCAGAAGUCUCAGUAGCAGGAGCAGUGUAUCGCGGCACCACCCAGGAGAAAGCCCACUGGGAGCUAAGUUCCAGUUGUCACUAGCUUCUUAUUGCCGAGAACGAGAACUAAAGAAAUUGAGAAAAGAGCAAAUGGAACAGAGAAUCAACUCAGAAAAUUCUUUCUCAGAAGCAAGAAAUCUUUCCUUAAAAUCUUCUAGUGUAGGAAAAAAAUGUAAACCAAGGCAGGAACAAAGUAAACAGAAUGAUAUCAUACCUGGAAAGAAUAAUCUUUCAAAUCUGGAAAAUGGACAUCUCUCAAGAAAAAGAUCAUCUUCUGACUCAUGGGAACUUUCAAGCUCUAAACAGAAUAAAUUCUCCGACAAAAGAAAAAGGAACUCUGUGGACUCAGAUCUGAAAAACACAAGAGAACCUAUCAUAUCAAAAGUGAGAGAGUCCUUCCCUGAGAAGCGUCCUGACAUAUCACAUCAGAGAGAAAAAUUUAUAAGGCAUAUUGCACUGAAGACACCUGGGGGUGUGCUGCGCUUGGAAGAUAUAUCCAAGGAGCCAGAUGAUGAGACUGAUCGCUCUUCUGCAAACUUGGCACCUUCAAACUCUGGCCACCAUUCUUCCAGGAAUAGUGACCAAAUCCAUGUGGCAAGUACCAAAGAGACUAAGAUACAGAAACCCCACUUACCUUUACCUCAGGAAAAAUCUACAGUUAAAAGAGCUAGCAACCUUCAGAAAAAUAAAACAGCUAGCUCUAUGACAUCAAAAGAGACAAAACUCCUGCCUUUACUUUCCCAUGUUCCGAGUGCUGUUUCUUCUCGAGUACCAUUAAAUGCUAAAAAUUGUACUCUUCCAGUUUCUAAAAAAGAUAAAGAGCGUUCCUCAUCUAAAGAAUGUUCUGGGCAUUCUUCAGAGUCCUCCAAACACAAGGAACAUAAAACAAAGACUAAUAAGGCUGUUUCUAAUGUAUCUUCAGGGAAAAGUCCUAGGGGAUCUUUGCAUUCAGAGUAUGGCCCUCCUACAAAGUCUCCCCCAGCUGCUCUGGAAGUUGUGCCAUGUAUCCCAAGCCCUACAGCACCUUCAGAUAAAGCCCCGUCAGAUAAAGAAAGUUCAGGAAAUUCCAGUGCAGAUAGCAGUGCACUGAAAAGAAAAUUCAGGGGUGAUUUUGAUAGUGAUGAAGAAAGUUUAGGUUACAACCUAGAGAGUGAUGAGGAAGAGGAAACAUUAAAAUCAUUGGAAGAAAUAAUGGCUUUGAACUUCAAUCAGAUGCCUUCAACUUCUGGAAAGCCUCCUGCCUUUUCCAAGGGGCUUAGUUCACAGUCAUCAGAUUAUACAGAACAUGUUCAGAGUGGAACUUACACAAAUACUUUAGAGCGUCUUGUGAAGGAGAUGGAAGACACACAAAGGCUAGAUGAGCUACAGAAGAAACUACAAGAAGAAAUAAGACAGGGCCGAGGUAUUAAAUCUCCUCUCAGAAUUGGUGAUCAGGACAGUACAGACGAUGAGGAUGGCCUCUUGGAAGAACACAGGGAAUUUCUAAAGAAAUUUUCAGUUACAAUUGAUGCUAUUCCUGAUCAUCACCCAGGUGAAGAAAUAUUUAAUUUUCUCAAUUCUGGAAAAAUUUUCAAUCAGUAUACCUUAGAUUUAAGAGACUCUGGUUUUAUUGGAGAAAGUGCUGUCGAAAAGCUUAUUCUCAAAUCAGGAAAAACAGAUCAGAUUUUUUUGACAACACAAGGCUUCCUUACCUCUGCAUACCACUAUGUCCAGUGUCCUGUACCUGUGUUAAAGUGGCUGUUUCGGAUGAUGUCAGUUCAUACAAAUUGUAUUGUGUCGGUGCAGAUUUUAAGUACAUUGAUGGAAAUAACCAUUAGAAAUGAUACUUUCAGUGACUCACCAAUUUGGCCCUGGAUCCCAUCAUUGUCUGAUAUAGCAGCUGUGUUUUUCAACAUGGGGAUUGGUUUUAGAUCUUUGUUUCCUCUGGAGACUCUUCAGCCAGACUUCAAUGAAGAUAAUCUAAUUUCUGAAACCCAGAAAACCCUCGGGGGGAAAGGAAGUGAAGACUCAGCUUGUAAUCCAGUUUUUUCAGCUCUUCCUGAAACCAACAUUUUAAACGUGGUUAAGUUUCUAGGCUUGUGUACAUCUAUAUAUCCAGAAGGAUACCAAGAUCGGGAAAUAAUGUUGCUGAUUUUAAUGUUGUUUAAAAUGAGUUUGGAAAAAGAACUGAAACAGAUUCCUUUAGUAGACUUUCAAAGCCUCCUUAUAAACCUCAUGAAAAACAUCAGAGAUUGGAACACAAAGGUGCAUGAACUCUCUCUGGGCAUAAAUGAACUCUCCAGUCAUCCACACAACCUUCUGUGGUUGGUUCAGCUAGUCCCUAACUGGACAUCACGUGGAAGGCAGCUGAGACAGUGCCUCAGUCUAGUGAUUAUUUCAAAGCUUUUGGAUGAGAAACAUGAAGAUGUCUCUAAUGCCAAUAAUCUGCAGAUAUCAGUCCUACAUCGCUAUCUUGUGCAAAUGAAGCCUUCUGAUUUGUUGAAGAAAAUGGUCUUGAAGAAAAGGGCUGAAGAACCAAAUGGAACUAUUGAUGACAGUCUUCAUUUAGAACUUGAAAAGCAGGCAUAUUACCUGACCUACAUUCUCCUUCAUUUAGUUGGGGAAGUUAGUUGUUCUCAUUCUUUCUCUUCUGGACAACGGAAACACUUCGUGCUACUUUGUGGGGCUUUGGAAAAGCAUGUUAAAUGUGAUAUUAGAGAAGAUGCAAGACUUUUUUACAGAACUAAAGUGAAAGACUUGGUCGCCAGGAUCCAUGGAAAAUGGCAGGAAAUAAUCCAGAACUGUCGGCCUACUCAGGGGCAGCUUCAUGACUUCUGGGUGCCAGAUUCAUAACAAGAGUUAAAGCAGCAAGAAUACCAAUCAAGAGAAAUUUAUUAAGAACCUUUCCAAGAGGACUAAAAAGGAUUAUUGUGGAAUCCAGUGGAAUGCUUAAAAAAUGUACAACAGAUGGGCCAUUUGAAUAUUUAAUAUAAAGCUGGUAAUGAAGAAAUUGCCAUUUCUCAGGCAGAUAUUGAAUGUGAUCUGCAACUGACUUUAUCAGUGAGCAGAGUCGUGUAGGAGGAGGCAGGGUAGCGCAUCUUAGCUACAUAUCUAACCUGCCCUUUAGCACCUCUUAUUAGGGGUGGUUUUCUUUUUAGCUAGUAUUUGUGGCACUUGGAUAACCACAGAAAGGAAGAAAGGAGUGUGGACCAUCUUGAGGAGCUGGACAUAGAAACCAAGACCAACGUCCAGUUAGUUUUCCUUUUCCCUCUUGGUUAUUUUAGGACACAAAGGGAAAGCUUAGAACAGAGUCCUGUAAUGGAAAGUGGAGGUGUAUCUGUAACUCUCUAAAACACAGGAGGUUUCAGUCCACGUGUUGUCUUUUACUAUUCCAGGUUAUAAAUCUAUUAGGUUUUUAAAAUAUAUUUAAACAAUUAAGGAACAGAGAUCUGGUGUAUUGUCAGAUUGCCCUAAGAGGACAAGAUUAAGCUGUAGUGGCCCUGUUUUUAAAAUGCCAAAACAUCGUAUGCCAUUUGUCUAGGAUUUCUUGUAAAUGAAUAUAUUUUUUAAAGUGCUGGUUUAAUCAUAAAAUCUUAGCUAAAUCUUAGAAUUCUGGCCCUUAGUAACUAUAUUACAGAAGUCUCUAUAUAAAAUCUUAAAAAUCUGGAAGUUUCCAAAAGCCUUGUUUCCAUGAGUAUAUAAUUUAGCAGAGACCUUGAUGUUUAUUUUGGUGGACACUGUGCGUGCGUGCGUGUGUGUGCGUGUGUGUGUGUGUGUGUGUGUACGCACGCUCAUGUGCGUGUGCUUGUAUCUUGAAGUUGUUGCACUUGAAAACCACAGCUGCUCUAAAUUCUUUUAAACACUGGAAAGCCAUCCUCAAGUUCAGAUGGUAGAGGGUUAGCAGUAGUGCACGUGCUAGUUUUAGCCCAAGGCCCUUUGAAUCCUUUGGUUAGGUGACAGACUCUUGUAGACUGAGUGUCCGUUUUAGGAGGAUUUGUUUGCUGAGAAAGAAUAUUGACUUUUUAUUCUUUCACUAUCCUUGGGUGGUUUGCUCUCUCCUGAGCACGCUGUCUCCAUAGGGCCAGGGAGGGGAUGGUGGACAAGGGAACUGGGCUGGAUGUUUAUGUUUUGAGAGGAGAAAAUAAAUUCUCAGAGCUAACUUUCUACCUCUAAAUUGAGGCUUAGGAGUAAAACCAUUUUAUCAUAAAUUUGUCAAUUAAAAUAGCAUCAAUUACUUUUGAGCCCAUGUCAAGCAUUGGGCAGUUAGAGAUUUCAUAGGAAAGACUAAAUAAAUCAGUUUUCAAGAACCCAGGCUGAAUGAGGCUCCAAGAGUCAGACCAACAAAAGUUUUAUUCUGUGUUUACUGGUAAGAAUAUUAUCUUGAUACUACCUCUCAAGGGUAUUAUUACAAAAUGCCACUAUGGUUAAAGAGAUAGAUACAAAGAGUUAUAUUUGACAGAAGCUUGAAACUCUGGCAUCUAUCUGCCCAACAAUGGGGGCUUUCACUCUGUAAUUUAAUACCUUGUAGAUACAUUAUUUGUGUGUAAUUUUAUAAGUGUUCAUAUUUUUCUCAUUUUGCAUUGUGUAAAGUGUACAAAAUCUCAAAAGUAUAAAAUUCUGCUUAUAUUGCUUGUAAUUAGUGUGUAAAUAUUUUCUAAUUGUGUAUAUUGACAGGGGGACAAGUGGGUUAUUCAGGCUUUUUUUUUUUAAGUAACCCUUUUAUAUUGCAGUUUCAACUGAUAAUUGCCCAUCAAAUUAAAACUACUUUGAUACAUUUUUAUUUAGCAGUUCCAAUAAGAAUAAAAUCUCUAUUUUCAAGUGUCUUUCUCCAUUAGAGAAAAGUAUUUCAUCUGUCCCUUUAAAAUAAAUGGCCAGAUGUCAGUUUAGGCCCUUGUGUUUGUGACUGUGGUAGAGGCCUUCAGUCUCCAGGUCAUAGUCCAGUCAGUAUUUGCAUUUGGGUUCUCAUGGAAAUUUUGUGAUUCACUUUUAGCACAAGUAGCCCAUGUUUUUUUUCCCCCAGAUCAAGUAUUUUCCAUCUCCCGCUGAGUCCCUCCCUGUGCUCUCUCUCCCUCAUACAGUUGUUGCCCAGUGACUGGGAUGGUAGAGAGGGAGAAAAUGCUCAUUGCACAGUGUGUGUCAGGCCACCUUGGGGACUUGGUAAACAAAGCUUGCACUGAGUGGUGUGUGUUUGGCAGCA